UACGCUAUUCGCCGCUAGGUUCACAUUGGUGACGUCACUAGUGCUGUCAAAUCCACGAUCAUUGACCACUACGCAAGUAAAAUGGCGGCUGCAAGCAUGGCGAGCGAAGAUUGUGCGGGAGAUUUGUUUGAUGACGAUUUGGUUGUUGAUGAAGGCAAUGGUGUGAUUCAACCCUACAUGUACGAGCCAGUAGUGGAGAGUGCGAGAGACGAUUCAGAUUCUUGUUCUGAAUCGGGCGAAGGUGAUGAUGGGGAGAUGGAGGAUGAGCGACUUGAUCGCAUAGGAAAUAUCAAUUGGUGUCAUUGUGGUGUCUGCACUCCACAAGAGAAGGGGAGGGAAUCCUUGUGCUGCUCAGACUAUUCACCAGUCCAGGCCAAGAAGGAUGAGCUGAAAGUAGAGUGCAUCACGCAACACCCAGGUUUUUCCAGCACCUGUCUUGAUAGAUGGGUGCUGGAAAUGUCGAUGUAUCACUACAUCGAAGAGCAGGGACAAAUAGGCGAUGACCAGCCCAUUCACAAGUUAUAUCGAUACGUGGCCUAUAGGAACCUUGUCCGUUGGGUUUGGAAGAGGUUGGGGAGAAGGAACCGUUUGCCGCUCCCUGUUUGUGCUCGGGACAAGAUACGUGCUGCUUGGCCUGCUCCGGACAAUGACGGGUACACAGGAUUCAAGUAUCCUACGUUCAAUUGAUUUGGUGUGACCGUUCAAUUGAUCUGUGAUAGUGAACUCUGAUGGUGCUAUGAAUGAACUCUACAGUUUGUUAAACCUCGUUUUUGUUUCUUCUACAACUUUCAUCUUGUCCUGCUUGUCGUACUUUGAGCACACUGGACCUGGAAUAGGAUGAGUCACUUGGUACUUGUCCUUUGCAUCUCUUGCCAAUUUGUAAGAUGGCAGGUCAUCUCUCCGCUUCAGCAGGUCCUCCAGAAUUAGCUGUACAUAGUCUGAAAACAUAAAGGGAAGUAUUAAUACAA